AUGAGAUACUUCAACGUUGUAUCUUUCGCCCUCGUAUCCUCUCUCCUCUCCUUGCAAGUCGUUGCCGAUCCUCUUGAUGAGGCCAUUGCACUCUUCCGCCGACAGGUGUCUCUAUCAACAGGUGGAACUAGCGAGACAACUACCGAGGAGGAGACCACGACUUCGCCAACAAGCGUACCGUCCACCGUCACUGACUCGGACAAUGUGACAGAGGAGACAAGCGUCACCACCGAGCCACCUUCCACAACAGUCGAGGUCAGCACUUCCACCCAGUCCCAACCCACGCAAGAGACAACUUCGGAAGAAACCUCCUCUAGACCAUCCGCGUCGUCGGCUGUGGUCACGUCUACGCGUGUUCCAACUCAAGUUACUUCAAACGUUCUUACAACUUUCACCACGGUGACCGAUGGUCAGACCCGGGUUGGCACUAGCACUUCCCAGACGGUCGUGCCCACGGAAACUGACGUCGACCCGGCAUCUUUAUCCGGUGGCGGCAACGGCGGCGGUAGCUCUGGCCUGAGCGACUCUGCUAAAAAGACCAUUGGCGGAGUCGUCGGCGGUGUCGGUGGUGCUCUUCUCCUCGCUGGUCUAGGCUACACUGCUUGGCGCAUCUGGGGCAAGAAGAAGGACUUGCACGAUGACGAUGCAUACGACCCGAACAUGGCUCAGGACAAACUAUCCUCCUCCACCGCGGAUAACUCGUCUGCAUCGCCCUUCAACCGGACACUGGAUCAAUAUCACCAGCCAGGCCCCGUCAACCAGGCAUCCAACUUCUAG